GUUGUUCAGGUUGUUGUGUGGAGAAGUUGUUUUUUGUAUGGUGGGAUAUUAUGGCGAUGACAAGUUUAUUUGGUUUUACAAGUCCAGCUGUAAAAAGACUGCUUGGCUGGAAACAAGGUGACGAGGAAGAAAAAUGGGCUGAGAAAGCCGUUGACUCACUUGUGAAGAAGCUAAAGAAGAAAAAAGGAUCCAUGGAGGAGCUAGAGCGAGCACUUAGUUGUCCUGGACAACCAAGUAAAUGUGUCACCAUCCCUCGAUCGUUAGAUGGCAGACUACAGGUCUCCCAUAGAAAAGGUUUGCCGCAUGUAAUCUACUGUCGAGUGUGGAGAUGGCCGGAUUUACAAAGUCAUCAUGAGUUAAAACCUUUGGAAAUCUGCUCCUACCCAUUUGAUGCAAAGCAGAAAGAUGUCUGCAUCAAUCCUUACCAUUAUAAACGUGUGGAAAGCCCAGUCCUUCCUCCAGUGUUGGUUCCACGCCAUAGUGAGUUUGUUCCAUCACACAGCAUGAUACACGGCAACGGAGGUGGACACAACCAUAACCACAACCAUAUGCCACCCAAUGCCAACUACCCGCAGAAUAAUUCAUACAACAGACCUGUACCGCAAUUAAACCAUCCAACAAUACCAAACCAGGGACCAAGUUCACCCUACGGUGGUUCUCAAUCUACUGACGUUUACUCUCCGAACUCGUUCCAACCCCCACAGUCACCUGACGGUUCAGUUAGUGGUCCCAACUCUCCAUACAGUAUACCUGCAGACACCCCACCCCCGGCCUACAUGCCACCGGAGGGGGAUAAGGUAGUGCCCGGAUCUGAGGCAAUGGAGACCAACAGAACAAUGAUAUCACCAAACAACAGAGGCAUAGAAGUACCAGUCGCAUACAGUGAACCAAAUCAUUGGUGCACCAUCGUUUACUACGAGUUAAACAAUAGAGUGGGUGAAGCAUUCCCUGCCACAUCUACUUCUAUAAUAGUGGAUGGUUUCACCAACCCAUCUAGUACUUCAAACAGAUUCUGCUUGGGUCAGUUAUCGAAUGUAAACCGGAACUCGACCAUCGAAAAUACGAGACGCCACAUCAGUAAAGGCGUUCAUCUGUAUUACGUGGGAGGUGAGGUAUAUGCAGAAUGCUUGUCUGAUUCGUCAAUUUUCGUCCAAUCACGUAACUGCAACUACCACCACGGUUUCCACCCAACCACUGUAUGCAAGAUACCACCAUCAUGCUCGCUCAAGAUAUUUAACAAUCAGGAAUUCGCCGCCCUGCUCUCCCAAUCGGUGAACCACGGAUACGAGGCUGUGUUCGAACUCACCAAGAUGUGCACGAUCCGAAUGAGCUUCGUCAAGGGUUGGGGUGCGGAAUACCACAGACAGGACGUUACAUCCACACCGUGCUGGAUCGAAAUUCACCUCAAUGGCCCCCUCCAGUGGCUGGACAAAGUGCUUACCCAGAUGGGGUCGCCAAACAACGCGAUAUCAUCCGUCUCCUGAAACCUGGUUUACCACAGCCUUUAUUGGAGCGCUUGACAACUGCCGGCAGUUACCAUGUUGCCAAACGUAUUUCUUACCCAAUGUAGUAUUACUAACUGGUAGCUUUAAAGUUCAGUGCGAGUUUACAGGUUAAGUAUUAAACAUAUGAAGAAAUAUUGACAUUAUAACACCGUUUUAUGCCCAAGUCUUAAGAUCGUGUUCGUUUCAAACUACUCGCCAACUUUUAUAAACCUUCUAUCGUGCCAACACCUAUUUCUGUACGAAAAUCCCAAGCCGUUUUUACCCUCUUCUGUUGAAAGUAUUUUAGUAUUUUCCUGCGUUAGUAUUCCUUGUUAUUGUGGAAGAAUUUGCCACAUACCCCUGUGACGUAACUGCAACUGAUCUUGGCUAACUUUUAAAGCAAUCGGCGUUAAACUGAAACAUUGCAACUGAUUUUGACACGCCGAUCCUCUGGUGCUUCGCGAUUACUUUAGUUAAAUAUAACGUUAAAUAAUUGCGCGUGGUCAUGUCAGUUUUUGACCAAUGGAAGUCUGUAAAAAGUUACUCUCUGUUAUUACUUCCGUUACAUUGUGCUCAUUUUUGUGUAUUACUUGCGCCACAAUGUAACUGCCAAAUC